ACAAGCACAUAUCUGACCUGGAGAACUGCCUUUCCUCUGUGAAGAUUACCGACUUCAGGGGCUAUGAGUUCCAUGGCCUGAAGGAUAAGACCUGGAAUGAAGUCAUGGAAACACAUCAAAAACCUCCCACUGAUCAAUCAGACUUGAGGAAGCAGCAAGAAGCCAUGUGGGAACUUUUCACGAGUGAAUGCACUUAUUUCUUGGACCAUUUGUUAGUUCUUAAAAUGAUCUUUAUGAACACACUGAAAUAUCUACAAACUCAUGAGUACCUUCUGGAUGUGGAUUUAUGGAGACUUUUUGCAAACCUGGAGGAAUUAAGUCAGACAAGCUUUGGUUUUGUGAACAGUCUUUUCAGCCUCAUCAAGGACUACGUUGACACUUCUGAGACUGAGCCACCAAUGGACUUUAUUUCCGUGCUCACAAAGUAUUUCCGAGGAAGUCUCUGUCAUAGCCACCAGACCUACUGCCUCAAUUACACUGCAGCUGUCUUUUAUCUUGAGAGGCUGAAGCAGAGAGAAGACUUUGGAAUAUAUUUAAAAUGGUGUGAACAGAACGAACAAUGCAGAAGACUUCAUCUGUCUGAGCUGCUAGUGGCCCCACUCCACAGGCUGACCCGAUACCCCUUGUUGUUGAAGAAUAUCUGGAAAAGAAGUAUAGACUCGACAGAGAAAAUCAUGAUCUAUACCAUCAAGGAGAAGGUGGAAAAAUCAAUCCGGGAUCUUGAAGGAAAAGUGAAGUGGCUUGAUAAUUUCCAAAAACUAAGACAUCUACAGGAGAUUAUAGUGUGGCCUCCGCUUUGGGAUAGAGAUAAAAGGUUUUUCAUUCCAGAGUGCCUGAAACAUAUUUUUAAAGAACAUAUGGCAGAAAACAUCUUAUCACCAACAAACAGACAUCUUGUCUAUGAGGGGAAAUUAACUCUUGCAGAAAGCACAAGAGUCCUAGAUGUUUAUCUGUUUCUAUUUGAUGAUUUCCUCUUAGUUACAAAAACUAAGCGCAACAAAAAGAAACUUGGAGGGUCAGACCCUGGCUUAAUGUGUCCUUCACUUACUCCUGAACUACAAACAGUAAUAAAAGAGGGUGGUUCCUGUACAGUACUCGAUCAGCCUAUCCCACUAGAUAGACUGGUAGUCAAAAAUAUCGAUCCUCUCCAUGUGUCAGGUUUUGGACUGAGAAAUGCUUUUCUUAUACAACAUGAAAACAGAUAUCGACAGUGUAUAGCAGCAUUCUUAUUACUAGCCCAAACAGAAAACAUCAAAAAAACAUGGAUGGCACAAAUAUCAGCAGCAAUCUCUUGCCUUAUGAAGAGUCAGGAAACCAAGAAAAUAUCUCUAUUCACAUUGUCUACAGAAUCCUCUGAAAUUUAG